CUCAAAGGCAGAGCGUCAAGCGGCUAGGCGCCACAUCCAUCGCAUCGUAUCGUCCACAUUCAUUGGGUUUCAAACGAUCCCGCCAUCUCUGACAGUCACUGACUGAGAAGGAACAUGAUGGAGGCGUCGCAGCCUCCACGACCCCCUCCCCCUCCCCCUAUACCCCCCGCUGCUCCACCAGUACCCCCGGGUGGACACUUUCUCGGCAGUGUGGUUCCGCAGCAGCCACCGCCAACGAUGAUCGCCUUCUCGUCGCCGCCGGGAGGCGUCGCCUCCCCAAUGUUCAGACCUUUCUCGCCGGUGUGUGUGCGCAUCAACACACACACGCACACGUGUUGAUCGAUAGGCAUGCCAUGCGUGUGUAUCUCUGUCUGUCUGUCUGUGCUGCAGGGUGGUGUCGGCAGUGAUGGGAGCGAGAUGUAUGUGACGGAGAACGAGGCGAGCAGCAGCCGUGUGAGUGGCAAGGAUCCCAUGGCGCUGCAGCAGGAGCUCAGGGACCUCGGUAGGCACACACUGGCGCACAGACAGACAUGCACAGACACUCACAUCCACUUGGACACACAGAUGGAUGGAUGUGUGUGUGUGUGUGUGUGCAGAGAGGUACCCGAAGGACGCCAUCCCGCCGCGGACUCUUGUUCUAGCAAGGUUCCUCAGGUGCGUAGCUGCACACUAUGGGCGCCGUCAGAUUCGAUUCAUUCAAACCGUUCACGCGUGUGUGUGUGUGUAUGUGUGCAGUGAUGAGAAUUAUCGCAAGGCCAAGAUAAAGGAGGUGCGGUACAAGGCGGGCUAUGGCGCAAACAGGUGCGUCUGUGUGUGUGAGUGUGCUGCACAAAGAGCAAGCACCAGGCGGACAGACAGACUGUCUGAGAGUGUGUGUAUUCCUCCCUGUGUGUGUGAUGUUUAGUGUUAAUGGUCCGCAGUGCUACCAGUACUAUGUCGAGUACAUCGGCGAGGAGCAGCGGAUGGACACCUGGCUCACAGGUACUCUCUCUCUCUCACACACACACACACAUCCACCCGACACACGCAAUGUGACCUUCACGUGUUUUGUGUGUUCGCCAGCCGAGCAGAUCUUGCCCUUUGCCCACAUGACGGACAGCAUCCACAUCGACCAGGAGGAGAUCCACGAGGACGACGCCCACCACCACAAACACAAGUACUGUAUACACGCAAAGAACAGAACAGACACACCUACAAUGGGGAAAUCCUCUCUCUCUCUCUCUGCGUGUGUGUGUGUGUGUGUGUGCGCAGACGGCGGCAUCACCACCGGCACAAAAGAAAGCACCACUUGUAAGCAGACGGGGGAAUGAAGCUCACACACAUGCCGAGCAUCCAUCCAUCCAUCCAUCCAUUCAUCAGGCACCAUCGGCGCAAGUCGGCGCCGGGUGCGAGCCCCUCUGCGCGGACACAGUCGUUUGUCGCCAGCAGGGAGCCCUCCAUGCAGGUAGGUGCAGACACGCAAAAUGAGAUCUGGCCGUUGACGUGUGUGAUGGUAAUGGUGAUUGUGAUUGUGUGUGUAUGUGUGUGCGUGCAGAUCGGCGGUCUGCCCACCGAUAAGGAGCCGACUGUCAAGACGGUCAGCCGGAUACAGUUCGGCAAGUACCUCGUGGACGCUUGGUACAAUUCCAUCAAGAAGGAGAUCCGUGCGAUGUCUGUGUGUGUGGGUCAUGUGUGUGUGUGGGUGUGUGCGUGUGUGCAGGUACCCCUCCCCGUUCCCCCCCGAGUACACCAACCCAGACCCCGUGCCGCGCAAAUACUCCCACCGGAACAGCGCAAACACAUCGCAGCAGAGAGACCACACCAACACCAGCAGACACGUACGCCCCGCGCCCCCCCCACACAUACGUGGACAUAUCCACAUGGAGUGUGUGUGUGUGUGUGUCGGCGUGACACUGAUUGCCUUCAGGACCGUGUGCACUCUCCGUGUGCCUACAGCGACGCGUCGGCCGAGGUGGACGACGCCCACCCCGGCACCGCCAUAUACUUUUGUAAGGCAGCGUGCGCGUGGCGUGCACCACCGCGUUCGUGUGAUGAUUAAAGUGUGGCUGGAUCGGUGGUCGGUUGCAGGUGAGUUUUGCCUGAACUUUUAUCGCUUUCCUUCUGAGCUCGACUGGCACCUGCGGUAGGCAAACAGACCAGACGCACAGACACGCGGAGCCCACAUGGGAGGGAGUGCAUUGCUUGCAUCAUUGGAUGGGAUGGAUUGCAGGCACACCUGCAGGCUGCGGCACCCGCCAGGCGACGAAGUCUACAGACACGAAGAGUGAGUGAGCAGACACACAGACGCACGAAGGACGAAGAGUGUGCGCACCUUCAUCACAUCACACACACGCGUGUGCCUAUCUAUGUCAGUUUGUCUAUGUUUGAGGUGGACGGCUCUCUGGCGCCCGUCUACUGCCAAAACCUCUGCUACCUGGCGAAGCUCUUCAUCAAAUCAAAGAGACAAGACACGUACACACACACACACACACCGAGAGAGAGAGAGGGAGAGGGAGAGGGAGAGAGAGAAAGAGGGAGGGAUAGUACUUUGUUGUGUGUGUGUGUGUGUGUGUGGAUGUGUUCAGUGUGCAUGAGGUGGAGCAGUUUCUGUUCUUCGUACUAUGCGAGUAUGAGGAGGGCGCGGGGUACCACUUCGUCGGCUACUUCUCCAGACAAAAGGCACGCACACACACACACACAUCCAUCCAUCCACACACACAGGCGAACGUCCAUCUCUCUGUCUCUCUCUGUGUGUGUGCCCACCCCACCAGGAGUCGCCGCACGACUACAAUGUGGCGUGCAUCCUGACGUUGCCGCAGCACCAGCGUAAGGGGUACGGCAAGUUCCUCAUCCAGUUCUCGUACGAGCUCUCGCUCAUCGAGAAGAAAACGGGCGGACCCGAGCGGCCCCUCAGCGACCUCGGAGCCGCCAGCUACCACGCCUACUGGAAACAGGUGCGUGGUUUGGUUUUGUCUGUCUUUGUGGUUGAUUGAUUUGUGUGUAUGUGUGUUCAGACGCUGUUGGGUGUGUUGGCCAAGUGGGAGAAGAAGACGGUGUCUAUCCAGGAGCUGAUGGACGCCACGGCCAUACAGUCGAGGGACAUCCAGGACAUGCUCUCCAUGACUGGCCUGCUCGUGUACGGCAACACACACACACACACCCCCCACACACACACCACACAGACAGACAGACAGACAGACAAUGUGUGUGUGUGUGUGUGUUGUGUGGUCUGGGUGCGUGUGUGCAGUGAGGGUCAGCCCGGCGAGCACUGGCUGUCAGUUCACAUCAGCCAGGACAAACUCGAACGCAUCAACAAGUCAGCCAACAACAGACCACAACACACCACUCCGACAUGUCCACAUCACUUGUGUCCAUUGCGCGCCCGAUUAUACUGGCUGGUUGCAGAGAGUGCGGCCGUCCGGGUGUGCCCGUGGUGCGCGAGAAGGUAGAGUGGACGCCAUACAACAAGGAGCCCUACGGUGCGGUGCGCACACACAUACUCACCACACACAAUGCAUCGACACACUGUGUGUGUGCAGGUCCGCGUAGCGAGCGUCUGUUUGUCAACGGUCCCACCAUCGAGCGGGCCACCGUGAUGGGCCUCAAGAGGAGCCUCACGGCGCCAGCCCGGCCGGACGCCAUCUCGCAAAGCGCUCCUGUCGCUGAGGUGGGUGAAAAGUUGGUCUUUAAACUUCCUUGAGUGCACUGCACUAAUGCGAUGCGCCUCGUGUGUGUGUGUAUGUGUGUGUGCGUGCAGAUCAUCAACCGUGCUGCUGACGACUCGGAAGUGCAGGUGGGUGAGGGCAUGCCAUCCAUCCGUCCAUCCAUCCACCAUAGGGUGAUGUGUGUCAUUUUGUGUGGGUGCAGCCUGCGCAGAACUGGGUUGAGCACGUCAACGCAGCCGAGGACGACGAAGAGCACGAACGAGGGCACGGGCACGGGCAAGGGCAAGGGCAGGGUCAGGAGCAUGGUGGGGGAAACAUGCCGAUGCCGCCGCCGGUGGAGCAGGAUCUGGAUCAGCAGAUGGGCCAGACGGGAGGAGGAGAACAAGAAGGAGACGAGGAGGAUGACGACAUGCAAGUCGAGGAGGAGGAAGAAGGUACACACACAUCCAUCCAUCCGUCCAUCCACACACCACACCACACAUACUCUGUGUGUGUGUGUACUGCAGAGAUGGAGGAGCGAGAAGAAGAGCACGAGAUGGAGGAGGAGGAGGAGGAGGGUGAAGAUGUGGAGGAGGACGACUACGACGAGGGAGAUGACGAGGAGCAGCAGGACGACGACUGACCACAUACACACACACCUGCCUGCAGUCAGUGUGCCUUCACACUGUGUGCUGUGCUGGACCGUCCGUCCACACCGCACGAACAAGAACCGUUCUCAUCUCAUAAAGGUUGCAGGCAGAGAGAGGCAGAGAGAGGCUGGCUAACUGAUUGGUGUGUGUACACUAUGCAUGACGAGCGAGCAUGACUGUGGCUGUCUGUAUAGUCAGUGUGCAGCGUUCGAUGGAGGCUUGGUUGGAUGGAUUGGCUGCAUGAGGUGCUGGUUGGUUGGUUGAUGCGUUGUUGUGUGUUGGUGAGAGGGAGCGAGCGACGGACGGACACAGCGAACCAAUUUAACUUAACCACACACACACACGUGUGUGCGA